AAAUGACGUAAUGAAUUCAGAUCGCGGCAGAAAACGACAAUUCCCAUGAUGCAUUUGUACUACAGUGUAUCCUGGACGGGGGAAGGGAAGCUGAGAUUGGAGGGAGAAACAAUCAGAAACUGAGAUUCUCAUGCAGAGGAGACCUCCUCCAAAAGAUUGUUGCCAAAAAGAAGACAACUCAUGAUCCACAUCUGGACAUUUGCCCUUUUUAUUGUUUCACAUGAGGCUGAAGAUCACUCAGUCAAUUAAAGUGUGCCGCUAUCGCCGCUGCACUUAUAGGAUUUGUCUUGAGAGCCAAUGUAAUGACGUGUCUGUUCUGAGGAAAGCUCAAGCCUGAAGAGCAAUGUCACUAUCCAGCUUCUGGGCACCUCUGUUGGCGAUGAGGAGCGAAGCAACUGGCCAAGCAGAUCUGUGGAGGGGAGGAAGAAGGGAGGUUUCCGGGAAACGUGCCAUUUCCUCUCGGCGCUAGACUGAUAUCUGCACAUUCCUCUCCGUGUGCGCACUCAAGGUUAGACUAUAGGAGGAGGCUGCCACUUGAACCAACGCUCAUCACGGUUCAGACGGAAAAGCAGAGAUGUGCACUAUCUGGACUUCUGUAACCUGCUUGGUGGAGUCUUAACUUGUCACAGUGGACAUUUCCAUCCAUAUGAAGCAUAAAUCCCGGCAAUCACUCCACAUGUGCACUCAAGAAAUCAUGGUUGUCCUUGUAGCAACUUGUCAGCCCAACUCAGUCCAGGAUUUCAGAAUCCUUUAGACGCUACAAUCGGGAAGACACUUGCCAGAUCACAAAUUCAUAUGCAAUGGAAGAAGACACUGAUGUCACUUUCCACAUUGAGGGCCAAAAUGGUUUGUCUCUUGAAUGUAAAUCAUCAGAGGAGACCACCAAUGGACACUCGAACCAAAAGCCUGUUAUGAAUGGAUUGAUUAUCAGUCAGAAUGUCAAAGACCACACCAACGGUUGUGCCCCCCUCACAUCCCUGCCGAUUUCAGCUCUGAAGCAGAAUGGUCUGCUGCAGACUCUUGCAGCAGGAGGGGACCGGACUCAACCUCCAGAGGCAAGUGUGGAGUUGGAAAAGGCCAGACAGGAGUGGGAUGCUUUGGAAAACAUCCAACCAGCUCUCGCUGAGGACUCGAACCCUACGCCACUCAUCUCUUUCAAUGAAGCUCUUCAGUACUUCCAGACGACAGAUCUCGGGGACUUGAUUAAGAACAUCCAGCCAACUAUUCGCAGGACAGGUCUCGCUGCCAUCACACACUUCCUUUUUGGGCCACCUCGACUGCACAGGGAGCUGACGGAGGAGCGGGAUCUCGUCUUUGCCAUUGCGCAAUGCCACGUGGACAACAGCCAGAUAGUCCACAUGCGUGUUCUCCAGAGCAUUUAUAAAAAGCUCAUUGGCUGCAGGCUGGACUGUCCUCGUUAUGGGUCACACUGGGAAAACAUUGGCUUUCAGGGUAUGGACCCAGCUACUGACCUGCGUGGCACUGGUUUCCUGGGUCUAAUGCACACUUUGUACUUUGUGAUGGACCCAGAGACUCUGCCUUUGGCUCGAGACAUCUACAAGUUGUCCCAACACCCUACGCUGAACUUUCCUUUCAGUGUGAUGUCAAUCAACAUGACCCGCAUCGCUCUGCAGGUGCUCAGAGAGGAGGCCUUGUCCAAGGAGUGCAAUCGUCGCCAGCAAGUUGUUGGCGUGUUGAAUGAAUUUUACGUGGCCACAUAUCUGCACCUGUACCAACUGUGGAAGACACAACAGAAAACCAUUGCUGACUCUGGCUAUGUGAUCAAAGAAGUGGAGCUGUUCGCCAAAAAGAACCCAAAGCAGAUGCUUCGCCGACUAGAAGUCUUCCUGAAAGAGAGAAGGGCGGGUGGGGUCCCCCGUGGGACUUCGCCAGAGCCACCAGCCCAGCAGCCUUCUCCCAGCCUGGAGGAACAAGCAAGCAAAUCGGCCAGCGGACAGGGAAGCAAGGCAAAGGAGAUGCACUUCACAGGGGUGUGUGAGUUACCAACUGACAUCGAGGGUGACGCCAGACUCAUCUAAGCUUGUGCAUCUGUCUGCAUGUGUGUCUUUACGGAGAGAUCGAUGAAAGAACACACUAUCCCCUGCUAUCAUGUCCCCCAAUCCUCUGAUGUUAGGGCCCUGCACUUUGCAAACAUUUUUUUGUCCUGGUGUUGUUUUUGUGGUUGGUCAGAGCUCCAUUGUUUCAGCUAUUUAUUUGAACACAGAACAGUCAAACAAAUGGAGCUGGUGCAGGCUGUCAUAAAACAAGACUUGUCAACAUUUGCACUUUCCUUAAACUUGAUUGGUCAAAUGAAAUUUCAAGUACCGGUAAGUCGUUGUGGCCAAAACUCCACCCAUGUGGACUUUGUUCUUCUCAGCCCAGUUAUGUUGGCCUUACGGGUGGCCUGAGGCACACUCUUGUUCAACUGACUAGCCAAGUGCAAUUCAUCGGAGGGGCACCACCAUCGGACAUAUUAUCAAUGGUCUUCACACGGUCAAAAGCAGCAGCACAACACUUGACCAGGUCACAUGCAGUAACCUUUGAGCAGGGAGCAAGUUCCAUGUAGGCUUGCCAUGAAGAUUUGACCCCUUUAGAUUCCCUACUAGUAGGUUAAAGAUGUAUCAACAAAUGUAAAAAAAAUAUAUAUAAAAACAGACACCCCAAUCCAGAUUGGGAUUAAAUUAAAGAGACACUGUUGGUGUCAAUGAAUUGGUCCACAGAUUCAUUCAUUUGAUUAAUAUAUUAUUGACCAACAAAAAAAAUGUUUUAAUUGCUUCAAUUCAAUUUUUUCUUUUUUCAAAAAUAACAAUAAGGAUUUUAACAGAACAUAGGUAAACCCUACACACAUUAUCAGCCUUUCAUAAAAGUUUGAUAAGGCUUACAAUGAAGGUCUAAUAUAAGCUUUGUAGACAUUCCGUGAGUAAGUGUGUAUAUAUUUUUUUCUGGUUAGAUUUGUAUGAGUGGUAAAAUGAGCUGAUGUUGAGGGCUGCCUCCCAUAGAUAUAGUACAGUAUGCAAUUCCAGCUCACACUAUGAUAAUCAAAGUCAGUGCUGUGUGACCAUAGACAUUUCAGACUUUUCAGGGCUUGUGUGUUUGUGCAAGUGAACAUCCUCGUGUGUGUGUGUGUGUGUGCGCGCGUGUGCGUGUGUGUGUGUGCUUUUUUGGGGGGGCCGGGGUGAGAAUUUAACUCCGACUUAGUGAAGACAUUUAAAGAAAAAGUGAUGACUUUUUGCUUCGUUGUCACCACUUAAAGGGCAGAGUUUGAGUUGUCUGGUUUAGCUCUUUAUCAGGCAACCCAAAUGUCAAUAAGUUAGCGAUUGAAAGUGUGCAUGUGUGAUUGUGUGUCUUGUUUGACGGGAACUGAUGGGGUGCUUUCCAAUGCACACAAUAAGCCAGCUUUACUAAGUACUUGACCCAUCCCUCUGCAAACAUGGUACUUUUGUCUUUUUAAGAUGGUACUUGGAAGGAACAUGAAGAGAAAUCCGAUUGGACAAAGAAAAACAAACAUUGCUGGCCAAGAAUGGGUUAUGGCUCCUCGGCGAAGCUGGUUCGUGCUUUGUGCUCCUGUGAAACUGUCUCCCAUGUUUGUAGUCUCAAUCUGUAGCAUGUUCAGGUAGCACUAGUACUGUAGCAUCCUAUCUAUAGCCUCCUCCCUCGUGAAGCUUGUUGAUGUCAAGUUGACGUUGGUCUGUCGUGUCAGUGGGUGCGCGGACCUUUACUACGAUAGCACAUUCAUAUUUCAUGAACCCCUUCGUAGAAACACUUUAGGCAGCGAAGCUUGUGGAGACUUGCUUGACAUGUAAAUGAGCUCAACUUUGUCUUCUAAGAAGGUAACAGUUAAAAUGGUGCCUACAUCCCAUAGAAUCUUGUAAGAUCAUGUUUCAUCUUUUUUUUUUUGGCUUACAGCCUCAGUGCCACAGUAAAGCUGUGUUCUUGCAAGGCAGUAGGCAGUUAGCUGACCUCAGUCGGCCCAUCGAGCCGUUUCCAUUUUUCAUUUUCUUAUGAACACGAUAACACAGUUAGGCCAAUGGUUUGCAGGCGUUGUGCGACUGACGAGGAACUUUGCACUGUUGUAGAUAAAACUGUGCAACGUAUGCAAAAGGGGCCACCUUCAGGAGCCAUAAUGUUCAUUUGCGGCCACCUCAUCAUGUCAGGUCACCUGAACCCUCCCGCCUCCUUGUCCCAAACAUUGCACCACACUGAUCCCGCGCUUGGUUUUCUUCAUUUUGAAGCUGAGGAGCAGUACAGUGUAUGUAAAUCAGGAAGUUUGUACAUAGAGAAUUAAUGAUUGUAAGAUGUAUGAUUGUCUGUAGGGCAUUAUACUAAAAUACAUUGCUUACCUCAAGAAUUUAAGACAAAUCUCUCCUUUCUCUCUCACUCUGUCCUGGUAUUUGUUAGGCCUCUCAGUACAUGUUUUGAUGUUUGCUUGUACUUUGGCCUUCUCUUUCCCCAACUGAACUCGUUAUAUAAUGUAAAGGAUGUUAAACAGCUCAAGCACGACAUACUCGUGGCAAACUAGAAGAAGCAGGUCCAUAUUAUGUGUGUACUAUUUAAAAAGACGUUAUCACUAUAUAGGCCCAUAGCCGUCUGCAAAUUAAAAGCACUUUCUACUGAAUUUUGAUUUGGUUUCUCUCAGCCAUGUUGGAAUGAGCCAGUUUUCUUGUGGCUUCGCUGAUGGUGGAGUAUCAUUUGUUGUGAUUUAAGUGUUCGGUGUGAGGCAAACACUGACAAACGAUCCAGUCUUUGGGGUUACAAACUGCUCAGCUAGCUUAUGAUUGUAAAGCUCUGGUCAUUAUACUGCGUAUGCUUUCAAGUAUCCAGACAAAUGCAAAUUCAUCUUCUCGUUUCCAGCCAAACCUUGCUCAUCAGCAGAUGUCCCAGAAUUUCUAUUUGGGUUUUGAACUCUCCUCGUGUUGCAUGACUCUUAUCCAGAGAGAAACGAGAAACAAACGGGUUUUACCAGGAUGCCAGACACACCAAGAGGUGCCAUCUGAAGUUCUGAUUGCGAUCCAGCAGUGGCUCGGCAAAUACAAUCACAUCUCUACAACACCCUUACGCUUUAUACUCUUUGAAGGUGUUUUGCUGUCACGGUCUUUGUCAUGUCCCUCUGAGCAUUUUAUGACUGUACCUUGACUGUAGAUGCCCUAUUUUAUACUGAGAGUUAUUUCAGAAUACAGUAUGUGCUGUUGUACAUUAAAUGUAUUGUAUGGAGAAAAUUAAAUAAACGCUGUUGAAAACUAAA